AUGCCGCCAAGGAAAAGACCAAGACCUUCCAGCUGCGCAGCACCACCUCCUCCGCCACCGCCUCCACAAUUAGAUCCUGCAAUGUUCCAGGCUGCCGUAGUAGCAGCUGUGGCAGCAGCUAUGUCGCAAAUCGGAACUAAUGGAAAUGGUGGAUCUGGAUCUGGUGCUACACCCUCUAACCAGGGUGACAGUUCGGGGCGCACAAAGGAAUGCACCUACAAGUACUUCACUAAUGGCAAACCCAAUACGUUCAAUGGGAGCGGGGGCAUCAUCACACUGAUGCAAUGGUUCGAAAGGACCGAAGCAGUCUUCGAAAUCUAUGCUUGUCCUGAGACAAGCAAGGUCAAGUAUGCGACAUUAACUUUCACCGGUAGGGCUCUUACUUGGUGUAAUGACCGAGUUAAGUCGCCUACUCUAGUAGUGGCUAACUCCAUAAGCUGGGAAGACUUGAAAUCGUUGAUGCUAAAGGAGUAUUGCCCGAGGGCACUCCUCUGUCCAACAAUGGUCACUCUAGAAGAGAAGAAGGUGGAACGAUACCUCUGGGGGCUAUCAUCCCAGAUUCAGGAUACUGUACUGGCCUUGAAACCUGCUACCUUUGAAAUUUCCAAGGAAUUGGCACAACAACUUAUCGAUCACAGGGCCAGUCGUGGUACCAUGAGCGCCACCACCGACCAAGCAAAAGGAGGGAACAACACGAGGAUGUUCUGGAACAAUAAAAAGAAGCAACCGGCACAGGACCCUGCCAAGAAGCAAUAG